AUGAUAAUUAUGUUGAAAUUAUAUUCAACAACAGAAGGAAGAGAUCCUGUCAACAAAAUAAUUGGUGAUUCUAGUUUAGAGAACAAAUUUGACCACAAUCCUAAUGAUGUCAAUGAACAAUUUCGAAUUCGUACUCACCUUGAAUAUGUCGAAAAUAUAAUUCGUAACCAGUCACCAUUAUCAUUAAUGAAACUAAAUGCAUUAAAUCAUCUAAAUGAGUAUUGGAAGAGGGGUCAAUUUCCAACACAUAAUCAUUUUCAACAACAACGUUUACCACGUUUUAUUGAUCACAACGGUAUACAUUGUGCUGCUGGUUAUAUGAUAUUGAAAUCACCUGGUUUCGAAUAUUUACCGAACAAAAUCAACGCAAGAUAUGAGUACUCUUUCAUUGAUCAAAUUGCUAACAGUACUGAUAACCAUUUAAAUAAAUGGAUGAAUAUGUAUGAGUUUAAUGUAAACGAAUUAUCAAUGAUUCAGCCAACUUAUGAAUUCUUAAAUAGAAGACAAUCCGAAAAAAGAGAUAUGUCAAGUAAAGAACAAUCUCAAGUAAAGAACAAUAGCUUAGAUGAGAAGGAGAAAUUGUCACAAUCGACAAAAGUGAUCCAGCCACCUACGAUUUCUAAACCGGAUAGAAGACAGCCCGAAGAAAGAGACAUAUCAAGUAAAGAACAAUUUCAAGUGAAGAACAAUAGCUUAGAUGAGGAGGAGAAAUCAUCACAAUCGACAAAGUGA